UUUUAUAUAAUUGACAUGUUUCGUUGCUUGUUAAAUUAUAGUUUUAAUCUAAUCAUAUGGAUUUAUAGCUGUUUCCCAACUAUGGGAAACACAUCCAAACGAGAUGCAGGUAGAUCCGUACGAAAAAGGCUUCCUAAAUCAGGGAGAAAGACUGAUAAGAAAAGAAGAGGGACCAACAAAUCUGAUGCGGUCCCGAAGCGACUCAGGUCUGGUAUUGAACAUGUUCCCUUUGCCGAUAUAUCAAGACGAAGAUCUAAACGCUUUGUUCCAACUAUUGAAAAGAAAACCGCAAAACGAGUUGUCCUUUCUGACCGGGACAAAAAAUCUGAUGCGACCCAGAAAAGUCCACCGUUGCUUAAGUUUGUUUCCUCAUUCGACAAAAGAAGAAGACAAGCCAAACGGAAUACCAGUUCAGUAACCACGCAAGGCAAAAAAUCUCAACGGAAGGGAGGCCAGUCUCCCUCCUUUUCGACGUUUGCUGAGGCGUUCAAAUCAGAGCACCAACAGCACAAGAAAAAGACAGGGACUAAAUCUGAUGCGGUCCAGAAGAGUUCCCUGUUGCUUGAGUUUGUUUCCCCUGUCGAAGAAAGAAGAAGCAGUUCAGGACCCAAUCGGGCCAAAAUGUUUCCGCAAGUUUCUUCUGAUUGGACGCAUGUAAACGAUGCGGUUCUGGAGAUACCUAAAUUCAAUGCUGAGCCUAGUCCAUCUGGGGAAAGACGAAUGGUCACACGUUCAGCAGCCAGGAAAAUCAGAACGGGUGGACUAUUUUGCGUUCCUGAUGAUGAUUUCUUUAUGGUCGGGGCUGGGUGGCAAAAGCCAUCGGACGCAAAGGACAAGAAAACAAUAGGGACCUCUGAUGCGCACCCAGACGAACCGAGAUCAGCCGUUCAGCCUGUUCCAGCUGACGAAAUGCCUGACGGAGUAGAUCAGCCGGCAGGCCUUCCAGAUCCAAACUACCGUUCACUCGAACAAAAACUAUCUUGAAUACAGCUAAUUCAGACUUUUAUUAACAUUUUUUAAGUUUGUUCAAACACAAACUGAACAAUUGAAAAACGGCUCGAUCUUACUAACAGCCUGAGAGUAGAGCGUGAAUUUAAAGAAAAGGAAGAUUUUAUCAAGAUUGGAAAACGGCCAUAUUAUAUUUCCAACAGAAAUGGAAAUUUUAUUCAAAUAUGUGUUAAUGUCGUUAUAAAUUGGCAAUCAAUAUCAUUUUUUUCAAAUAUGCUUAAAGUUUGUAUGAUAUAAAAA